AUGGCUAGCGCAGGGGAUCUGACGAGCGAUGUGCUCCACGCGCUCGCCAACACAGACACGAUCCUGACGGCCGAGGUGUUCCCCGCGGUCAAGUCGACCGACAUGCGGAGCGCGCUCGACCGGCUCUCGUCGCGGUCCAUGGUGACGUACGACACGCUGGAGCGGGACGAGAUCCUGCUGGAGGCUGAGGGCAAGCAGAUUGCGGCCAACGGCAGCCACGAGGCGCGGGUGUUUGAGGCUCUGCGGGCGGCUGUCGAGGGCCUCUCGGUGGCUGAGCUCGAGGCAGCCGUGGGCGACAAGAACGUGGCCAAGCUGGGUCAGGGAAAGGCGUUCAAGGAGAAGUGGAUCAGCCGGACGGCCGAGGGCAAGUUCAAGGCGGUGGCAGCGGCGAUCCAGGACCGGACGCGCGAGCAGCUACAGACGAUCGACCAGACCGGCACGCUGGCCGACGCCAAGGUGGUGGCAGAGCUGCGGAAGCGCAAGCUGGUGCGGCUGCAGAAGGUGACGAGCUUCCGGGUGCACAAGGGCGAGCGGUUUGCGCUGGAGCUGGUCCGGGAGGAGACCGACCUGACGGCCGAGAUGUUGGCCUCGGGCGCCUGGAAGACGGCCGCGUUCAAGCCGUACAACUUUGCGGCACUGGGCGCAGACCAGAAUGCCGGGGCGUUGCAUCCGCUCAACAAGGUCCGGCACGAGUUCCGGCAGAUCUUUUUUGAGAUGGGCUUCGAGGAGAUGGCCACCGACAAGUUUGUCGAGAGCGGGUUCUGGAACUUUGAUGCACUCUUUGUGCCGCAGCAGCAUCCAGCCCGCGACCUGCAGGACACGUUCUACAUCUCAGAUCCGGCCAAGGCUGACCGGCCGCAGGCCACCGGCCCAGAUGACCAGCAGGACUAUGCGGCGUACUGGGACAAUGUCCGGCAGGUGCACGAGACUGGAAAGUACGAUUCGAUCGGGUACCGCUACCCGUGGGCGGCCGAUGAGAGCUUGCGGCUGGUUCUGCGCACGCACACGACGGCCGUGUCGGCGGCCAUGCUGCACAAGCUGGCAGCACAAAAGGGCCCUGACGGACGGCCGCCGCCGGCGCGCUACUUCUCGAUCGACCGGGUGUUCCGCAACGAGUCCGUAGACGCGACCCAUCUGGCCGAGUUCCACCAGGUCGAGGGCGUCAUUGCCGACUACGGGCUCACGCUCGGCGGGCUGAUGGAGUUUAUGGACAUUUUCUUUGGCAAGAUGGGCCUCGAGGGCAUCAAGUACAAGCCGGCAUACAACCCGUACACGGAGCCGAGCAUGGAGGUCUUUAGCUACCACAAGGGUCUCAACAAGCUGGUGGAGAUUGGCAACAGCGGCAUGUUCCGGCCGGAGAUGCUGGAGGCCAUGGGGUUGCCCAAGGACAUGCGGGUGUACGGCUGGGGGUUGAGUCUGGAGCGGCCGACGAUGAUCAAGUACAAGCUCAACAACAUCCGGGAGCUGUUGGGGCACAAGACGGAUCUGAACUUUAUCAAGCGAAACGCGGCCGUGCGUCUGGACAAGGAUUAA